AACAUCCAAGUUCACAUGUUUCACUUCACCACAAAAAAUAACACCAUUCAGUCAUUGACUAUAAAAGCACCUCUAGUUGGUCAUCCAUUUCAUAUUGCCAGUUGGCCAUGAAAUGAAUUUACAGAAAAAAAGUACAACAAAGAAACAAAACAAACAAGAUACAGAGGAGAACGAGCGACAGCCUACAAGAGGGCUGAUUGCGAGAGAAAUCAGUUAAGUUUUACUAUCUUCUUAGCUUUCAACCCUUUCUCACUACUUAGCUCAAGAGAUUAAGAUCAUUUGCUACAUAAAAAGCUCUAUAAGUGAAGAUUUAACCAAUUAUUUUCAAAUCCUUAAUAAAUAUGAUUUCAGUUUAUGCAUUUUUUCUUUACAUAAUUCCACUUAUUGGUUUACACUUUUGCUCUGCCAUAAACACCAUAACCCCAACUCAGUUCCUAAAAGACCCAGAAACGUUAGUUUCCAAAAAUAGCAAAUACAUAUUAGGAUUUUUCAGCCCUCCAAACUCUACACAUCGUUACGUUGGAAUUUGGUAUGAUCAACCUUCUGUUACAAAGGAAGUUAUCUGGGUAGCUAACAGAAACAAUCCUGUUACUGAUUCUAAUGGUGUGCUUAGAUUAUCAGUUAAUGGGAAUCUCCAAGUUUUUAAUGCAAGAAAUCAGACACUUUGGUCAUCAAAUGUCACUCAAACUGCCGCUAAUUUCUCAGUUGCUCAACUGUCAGAUUUUGGGAACCUUGUAGUCCAAGUGUUCGCGUCCAACACAACUACUCGCGAAAAUGGGACAACCAUCUGGUCGAGUUUUUUUCACCCUGCAGACUCAGUUUUACCAAAUAUGAGGUUCCUUCUCACGCCGAAUUCAGAUUUGAGGAGGGUCCUGCAAGCUUGGCGUAGCUCUUCAGACCCAUCAUAUGGAAGAUAUUCAAUUGGUACUAAUUCUUUAGGACUUUUCCAGAUUAUCAUAUGGGAUGGAGAUAAACUUCAUUGGCGAAGUGGUCCUUGGAACGGCAACAUUUUCAUUGGGACGAGAUACCAUAACACCGGCUAUGGUAAUAUAUUGAUCAAUGCCGGGUCUUUUGCACAAGAAGAAGUGGGAGGAACUCUUACAUUAGUUUUUGCUGGUGCAAAUGAAACUUUGUUGUCACACUAUACAUUGACUCAUCAAGGAGUAAUAGCUCAAAGAUGGUGGGAUGAUAGCAUUCAUAAUUGGGGGAUAUCAUGGAAGGCUCCAGAUAAUGAUUGUGAUUUUUAUGCGAGAUGUGGACAAUUUGGGAGUUGCAAUCCGCAUCCUACACCAACAUGUCGUUGUCUGAAAGGUUUUGAACCGAAAGACAGAGAGGAAUGGAAAAGAGGAAAUUGGAGUAGUGGGUGUGUACGAAGAAAGCCAUUACAAUGUGGUCUUGCAGGGGCCAAAAAACAAGAUGGUUUCAUGAGAUUAAAAAUGAUGAAAGUCCCAGAAAAUGCUGAAUUAAUGAAUGGAUUGAAUCUAAAUCAGUGCAGAAGUGUCUGCUUACGAGAUUGCACUUGUUUGGCUUAUGCAUAUGAUACCCAGAUCACAUGUUUGACAUGGCACGGGAACUUGAUCGAUGUUGCAGACCUUUCUCCUGGUGGAGUUGAUCUCUUCAUCCGUCUUGAACAUUCAGAGCUAGGUAAUAAUAUGAAUAUAAAGGCAAUAAUUGCAGCUAGUAUAUUAUCAGUAUUAGUAAUACUACUAGUUGUUGCUGUUAUAUGCUUCCUAUGGAGGAGAUCUCGAUCAAAAGGAAAGGUACCUCUACCAGAUACGAAAUUCGCAGAGAAAAAAACAACACAAGAUCCACUUCUUUUUGGAGACAAAACUCAAGUUAAGAUUGAUGAAUCACUAAUACUGAAAUUCGAAACGCUGGCUGAAGCAACAGAUGACUUCCAUGAAAGUAAUUUGCUCGGAGCAGGUGGAUUUGGUCGAGUAUACAAGGGUAAACUGGAAGAUGGACAAGAAAUAGCAGUUAAAAGACUAUCAAGAGCAUCUGGACAAGGUGUACAUGAGUUUAUGAAUGAAGUGGAACUUAUUUCAAAACUUCAACACCGAAAUCUAGUAAAACUGCUGGGAUGUUGUGUUGAAGGAGAAGAGAAGAUGCUGAUAUAUGAGUUCAUGCCAAAUAAUAGCUUGGAUGCAUUUCUAUUUGAUUCAGACAAGCGUAAACGUUUAGACUGGCCAAACCGAUUCAACAUUAUAAAAGGCGUAUGUCGAGGCCUACUGUACCUUCACAGAGAUUCCAGAUUAAGGAUUAUACACAGAGACCUCAAAGCAAGCAAUAUUUUGCUGGAUAAAGACCUCGUUCCCAAAAUUUCAGACUUCGGCAUGGCUAGAAUUUUCGGAAAUAACCAGGAUAAAGCCUGUACACAAAGGGUUGUUGGAACAUAUGGUUAUAUGGCUCCGGAGUACGCAAUGGAAGGUCACUUCUCUGAAAAAUCAGAUGUUUUCAGCCUUGGGGUGUCAUUGAUUGAGAUAGUAAGCGGACAAAAGAAUAACAACUUUUGGUAUCCGGAGGAAUCUUUGGGUCUACUAGGAUAUGCUUGGAAAUUGUGGAACGAGGAUAAGAUCAUUUCACUGAUCGAUCCAUCGAUUCUGAGUGCAAGCUUUGAAGACGAGAUUGUAAGGUGCAUGCAUGUAGGACUAUUAUGUGUGCAAGAAUUUGCCAAAGAUAGGCCAAACAUGCCAACAGUCAUCUCCAUGCUUGAAAGAGAUAUAAUGGAUCUUCCAAAACCAAAUCCAACAGUACUAUAUAUACAGCGCAAGACGCCGUCUGAUACAGGAUCAUCUCCUCCCCAGAUCACUGAUAAUGCUUCUUCCACAAAUUAUAUUACUGUUACAUCUUUGACUGCCCGAUAGUAUACCAUUAUAAAGAAGAAAUUACUGUCCUAUUUUCAAACAAUCAAUUAGUAACAUUAAUGUAUUCCUCCAUUUUUAUGUUAAGUGUCCUACAUUUUGUUUUUGAUUAUCUCAAAAGCUUAUAUAUCAUUGUUUUUGUUGUA